UCCCAGCCUCUCCUCUCAAACUCUCCUCUCCUCUCCCUCCAAGCUCUCAUGAAAAAACAGAGGGAUAAGGGGGGGAUGGGCAUCUCUCGCUUCGUGUCCAUUCAAACUCAAUCCUCAGGGAUUAGAGGCUUAGAGCAUCUAGUUUUCCUCCACGUCACCCCCCCCCCCCCCCCACCCCCGUUUUCUCUUCAGUUGGCCUCCUCUGCUUUCUCUUUCACCACCCACUCACCCACCAAGAUUCAGAUCUACAAUUCAAUCACUUUCUCCCUAUAAAUAAUAUAUUAUAUUAUAUUAUUUAUUUAUUAACACCAUCACCCAGAUCGACAAAAACCGCCAUCGUCUCCUUCCUCGCUUCCACCCUCUCUCUCUCUCUCUCACGGAUGAGCGAGCUCGGCGAUUAUCGACCCGCGCUCUCCUCCUCCCCGCCUCCUACUAUCGCAACCCUCGAACCCCUCUCCGCCCCGCUACAUCUCCACAUUGUACAGCUUUCCCGCCACCGCCCCCAAGGCCCCCCGCCACCGGCGCCAGCAAUCCCGUUCGAUCUCACGUCGAGGCCUGAAGCCCACGACACUUUCCCGCCCGCCACAACUCGCCACCCCGCCGACCAAGCCCAUCAUGUCUAGAGCCCGUCGGCUUCCCCUCCGUCGACGCCCUCAUCGACGCCACCGUCCCCAAGUCGAUCCGGAUCCCCUCGAUGACCCUCCCCAAGUUCGACGAAGGGCUCACUGAGAGCCAGAUGAUUUCUCACAUGAAGCGACUCGGCUCGAUGAACAAGGUUUUUAAAUCCUUCAUCGGGAUGGGGUAUUACGAUACCUUCGUACCCGCUGUGAUUCUCCGGAAUAUAAUGGAGAAUCCUGGGUGGUACACUCAGUACACCCCUUAUCAAGCUGAGAUUGCUCAGGGGAGAUUGGAGUCUUUGCUGAAUUUUCAGACCAUGAUCACUGAUUUGACCGCUCUGCCCAUGUCGAACGCGUCCCUGCUCGACGAGGGGACUGCUGCGGCCGAAGCCAUGGCGAUGUGCAACAACAUUCAGAAGGGUAAGAAGAAGACGUUCGUGAUCGCGAGCAACUGCCACCCGCAAACUAUAGAUAUUUGUAAAACGCGAGCAGAUGGGUUCGAUCUGAAGGUGGUUGUGGCAGAUUUGAAGGAUUUCGAUUACUCGUCGAAGGAUGUUUGUGGGGUUUUGGUUCAGUAUCCGGGGACUGAAGGGGAGGUUUUGGAUUAUGGGGAGUUUAUAAAGGAUGCGCAUGCUAAUGGAGUGAAGGUGGUGAUGGCGACGGAUUUGUUGGCUUUGACGGUGUUGAAGCCACCAGGUGAGCUGGGGGCGGAUAUUGUGGUGGGGUCCGCGCAGAGGUUUGGAGUGCCGAUGGGGUAUGGGGGGCCACACGCUGCGUUCUUGGCAACAUCGCAGGAGUACAAGAGGAUGAUGCCGGGGAGGAUAAUUGGGUUGAGUGUGGAUACGAUGGGCAAGCAGGCGCUGAGAAUGGCGAUGCAGACGAGGGAGCAGCAUAUUAGGAGGGAUAAGGCUACCAGUAAUAUUUGCACUGCUCAGGCAUUGCUAGCAAAUAUGGCCGCAAUGUAUGCGGUGUACCAUGGCCCUGAAGGCCUCAAAGCUAUUGCGGACAGAGUUCAUGGCCUUGCUGGUACUUUUGCACAUGGGCUGAAGAAGCUCGGAACAGUGACUGUCCAAGAGCUCCCCUUCUUUGACACCGUGAAGGUUAAGUGUGCUGAUGCAAAAGCUAUUGCAGAUGCAGCUUACAAGAGUGAAAUGAACCUUAGAAUUGUGGACUCUAACACAAUAACUCUUUCCUUUGAUGAAACUACAACUUUGGAGGAUGUGGACAAGCUGUUUAAAGUGUUUGCUGGUGGCAAGUCUGUAAAUUUCACUGCUGCAUCUUUAGCACCGGAGGUCCAAACUACAAUCCCUAGUGGACUUGUAAGAAACAGCCCAUACUUGACACAUCAGAUCUUCAAUUCGUACCACACAGAGCAUGAGCUACUCCGGUACAUUUGUAAAUUACAAUCAAAGGAUUUGUCUUUAUGUCAUAGUAUGAUUCCUCUUGGUUCUUGCACAAUGAAACUGAAUGCUACAGUGGAGAUGAUGCCCGUGACUUGGCCUGAAUUUGCUAACAUCCACCCAUUUGCCCCAACUGAACAAGCUCUAGGAUAUCAGGAAAUGUUUAACGAUUUGGGUGACCUCUUGUCCACAAUCACGGGAUUUGAUUCUGUCUCAUUGCAACCAAAUGCUGGUGCUGCUGGAGAAUAUGCAGGGCUUAUGGUUAUUCGCGCUUACCAUGUGGCAAGAGGUGAUAGUCAUCGAAAUGUAUGCAUUAUUCCCGUCUCAGCUCAUGGCACUAACCCAGCGAGUGCAGCAAUGUGUGGAAUGAAAAUUGUCCCUGUUGGAACUGAUGCUAAGGGAAACAUUAACAUUGAGGAAUUAAGGAAAGCUGCUGAAGCAAACAAGGAACAUUUAUCUGCUCUUAUGGUUACUUAUCCUUCAACGCAUGGAGUCUAUGAAGAAGGCAUUGACGAGAUAUGCAAAAUAAUUCAUGACAAUGGAGGACAAGUUUACAUGGAUGGUGCUAACAUGAACGCUCAGGUUGGAUUAACAAGCCCUGGUUAUAUUGGCGCGGAUGUAUGUCAUCUUAAUCUCCACAAAACAUUUUGCAUUCCACACGGUGGAGGAGGCCCAGGAAUGGGUCCCAUUGGUGUCAAGAAACACUUGGCACCAUUUUUGCCAUCACAUCCUGUGAUUGCCACUGGAGGGUUACCAGCCCCCGAGAAUCAGCAGCCACUUGGUACUAUUUCUGCAGCCCCUUGGGGAUCUGCUCUUAUUUUACCUAUCUCCUACUGUUACAUUGCUAUGAUGGGCUCAAAGGGGCUUACUGAUGCUUCAAAGAUAGCCAUACUGAAUGCAAACUACAUGGCUAAGCGCCUAGAGAGCCACUAUCCCGUCCUUUUCCGUGGGGUUAAUGGUACUUGUGCCCAUGAGUUCAUCAUUGACCUCAGGCAUUUCAAGAACACCGCUGGUAUAGAGGCUGAAGAUAUUGCGAAGCGUUUGAUAGAUUAUGGAUUCCAUGGACCAACAAUGUCAUGGCCUGUUCCAGGAACUCUCAUGAUCGAACCCACUGAAAGUGAAAGCAAGGCUGAACUUGAUAGGUUCUGUGAUGCUCUUAUCUCCAUCAGAGAAGAAAUUGCUGAGAUCGAGAAUGGCAAAGCUGAUAUUAAUAACAAUGUCCUCAAGGGUGCUCCUCAUCCACCAUCAAUGCUCAUGAGCGACACAUGGACGAAGCCAUACACCAGGGAUUAUGCUGCGUUCCCUGCUCCAUGGCUCCGAGGUGCCAAGUUCUGGCCAACAACAGGGCGUGUCGACAAUGUGUAUGGUGACCGCAACUUAAUAUGCACUCUUCUCCCAGUAUCACAGAUGGCUGAAGAGCAGGCUGCUGUGAACGCGUAGAUUGAUCUUUCUGCUGAAGGAUUUGCUUUUCUCAUCUGUACUCCUGUUUCUCGCUCUUUGUUUCGCUCUCUCUUUCUGAUACUUGUAUAUAUACACCUUCAUGAGCAUCUGGCUCUGCAUUACUGCAGCUACUGCCAUUCAUCUAUAAAUCAUGUUGAUAUAUUGCAGCUAAUUUACAAGUGAAGUUGUCAUUCUUGUCUUCAA